AUGACGACUCAAAAAAUCAUUCUUGGUUUAUCGUUAAUGCUCUGCUUUAUUCUAAUAGCAAUACCAACCUCCAGCUGGCCUUCAAAUUCAACUGCUACUACCGCAGCUUCAAACGUAACAACAACUUAUACACCUUCCACAACACUUCCUGAAACUUCAGCUCCAUCUGAUACAACUGUAACAACGACCACUGUUUCUGAUGAUACACCAACCGCUUCUCCAUCUUCUACCAAUUCUCCGACUGGUCUUUCAGAUGACUCAUCUGAUUCUUAUUCCUACAAAUUUGUUGGUACUUCAAAUGCUCUUAGUGUCGGCGCGUUUCUCAUGUUGAUUGUUGGUCUAUUCUUUUAA